AUGGCGGAAAGCGGAGGGAACGGUGCCAAGACCGCCAAGUCUUGGCAGUCUGGGCACUGCCCCUCAUCGCGUCGCUUCUAUUGGUCUUGGCUGUAUUGGGCCUCACACAAGCUGGCCACCUACUGCGUCAAGUGUUUUGUCGCUCGUCACCUGAGCCAUGGGGGCACUUCGGCUUCUGACCUGACACCCUUUCUGGUCACCUCACAUUACUUGAUUUUACUGCAAGAAAUAUCAGACGGGUUUUCGGUUUCAAGGGGGUUCAGAAAGUGGCUGAUGAGUGAUUGA